AUGUCUACAACCACAGGAGCUUUCAUUGCCGGAGGUAUCGCAGCUUGCGGAGCUGUCACGGUCACCCACAGUUUCGAGACCGUUAAGAUACGACUUCAAUUACAAGGAGAGUUACAGUCAGACGCUGUCAAAAAGUAUCGAGGUGUUUUCCAUGCCGUCAAGGUCAUUCUGCAGAAUGAAGGACCCAGGGGUUUGUUUAGGGGUAUUGGCUGCGCCUAUGUCUACCAAAUACUGCUAAACGGGUCCCGACUCGGCUUCUACGAACCGAUUCGAGGAGGUCUUACGUCCGCUCUUUACGGAGACCCUUCUGUGCAAUCCAUCGGUAUCAAUGUCUUCAGUGGAGCGAGUUCCGGUAUUCUAGGUGCUGCAGCCGGCUCACCAUUUUUCCUGGUGAAGACUCGAUUACAGUCAUACUCCCCAUUCCUACCAGUUGGUACUCAACACAAAUAUAAGAAUGCUGUCGAUGGAUUGCGACAAAUUCACCACAAUGAAGGCGUCAAGGGCCUUUACCGUGGUGUUGGCGCUGCCAUGGUUCGGACUGGUUUUGGCAGCUCCGUUCAACUACCAACAUAUUUUUUCGCAAAGAGACGGCUGGUACGACAUUUUGGUAUGGAGGAAGGCCCUGCUCUACAUUUCGCUAGCAGUACUGCAUCAGGGUUCGUUGUGUGCUGUGUAAUGCACCCACCAGGUAUAAUCUCUUCUUGGCUUGUCGAAAAGCAGAGGGUGUUUCAUUGGCUAAUCAAAAGUGAAGAUACGAUCAUGUCUCGGAUGUACAACCAGACUGGUAACCUGUAUAAGGGUGUUUGGGACUGUCUGUACAAGACUAUUUCAACUGAAGGUUUACUCGCCAUCUAUAAGGGCUACUUUGCUCAUCUUGCCCGUAUUUUGCCACAUACUAUUUUGACCCUCAGUCUUGCAGAACAGACAAACAAGCUUGUUCGCGGACUUGAAGAUCGCUUUCUGUCAGAUUCUCUUCGUGCAAGAUUGUAA